GUGCGGCGGGCGCAGCGGCGGCCGCCCAGCAGCCCGGGCUCGGGUGGGGGGGCGCCGAGUGGGGGUGGCGGCCAGCAUGCUGCUCGGCUGCGGCUCGGCCUCCCACACCCGCGGCGCCCUCGUCCUCGCCAGCAGCGGCGGCGGCGGCGGAGCAGCGAGCGGCGCCCGGGUCUGCAGAGGCGCCGGGUCCGAGCGCGCGGCGCGGCGGCGGGGACCGGGGCCGGGGCGGGGACCGGGGACCCGGCAUGGCGCUGCGGAGGGGCGGCGGCGGGGCGCCCGGGCUGCAGCUGCUGCUGCUGCUGCUCAGCGCCGCGUGCCUGGUCCCGCCGAGCGCGCAGGUGAGGCGGCUGGCGCGCUGCCCCGCCACUUGCAGCUGCACCAAGGAGUCCAUCAUCUGCGUGGGCUCUUCCUGGGUGCCCAGGGUCGUGCCGGGCGACAUCAGCUCCCUGAGCCUGGUAAAUGGGACGUUCUCCGAGAUCAAGGACCGAAUGUUUUCCCACCUGCCUUCCUUGCAGCUGCUAUUGCUGAAUUCUAACUCAUUUACCGUCAUCCGCGAUGAUGCUUUUGCUGGACUCUUUCAUCUCGAAUACCUGUUCAUCGAAGGGAACAAAAUAGAAACGAUUUCAAGAAAUGCCUUCCGUGGCCUCCGUGACCUGACUCACCUCUCUUUGGCCAAUAACCACAUAAAAGCACUCCCAAGAGAUGUCUUCAGUGAUUUAGACUCUCUGAUUGAACUAGAUUUAAGGGGCAAUAAAUUUGAAUGCGACUGCAAAGCCAAGUGGCUGUAUCUGUGGUUGAAGAUGACAAACUCCACCGUUUCGGACGUGCUGUGUAUCGGUCCCCCGGAAUAUCAGGAGAAGAAGCUAAAUGAUGUGACCAGCUUUGACUACGAAUGCACAACUACAGAUUUUGUUGUUCAUCAGACAUUGCCCUACCAGUCAGUUUCGGUGGAUACGUUCAACUCCAAGAACGACGUGUACGUGGCCAUCGCCCAGCCCAGCAUGGAGAACUGUAUGGUGCUGGAGUGGGACCACAUCGAAAUGAAUUUCCGGAGCUAUGACAAUAUCACAGGUCAGUCCAUUGUGGGCUGUAAGGCCAUCCUCAUUGACGACCAGGUCUUUGUGGUGGUGGCCCAGCUCUUCGGCGGCUCUCACAUCUACAAAUACGAUGAGAGCUGGACCAAGUUUGUCAAAUUCCAAGACAUCGAAGUCUCUCGCAUUUCCAAGCCCAACGACAUUGAGCUGUUUCAGAUCGAGGACGAGACGUUCUUCGUCAUCGCCGACAGCUCGAAAGCCGGCCUGUCAACGGUUUAUAAAUGGAACAGCAAAGGAUUCUACUCCUACCAGUCCCUGCACGAGUGGUUCAGGGACACGGACGCCGAGUUCGUCGACAUAGACGGGAAAUCGCACCUGAUCCUGUCCAGCCGCUCCCAGGUCCCCAUCAUCCUGCAGUGGAAUAAGAGCUCCAAGAAGUUCGUCCCCCACAGCGACAUCCCCAACAUGGAGGAUGUGCUGGCCGUGAAGAGCUUCCGAAUGCAGAACUCCCUCUACCUGUCCCUCACCCGCUUCAUCGGGGACUCCAGGGUCAUGAGGUGGAACAAUAAGCAGUUUGUGGAGAUCCAGGCUCUCCCAUCCCGGGGGGCCAUGACCCUGCAGCCCUUCUCUUUUAAAGAGAAUCACUACCUGGCCCUGGGGAGUGACUACACGUUCUCCCAGAUAUACCAGUGGGACAAGGAGAAGCAGCUGUUCAAGAAGUUCAAGGAGAUCUACGUGCAGGCGCCUCGUUCCUUCACUGCCGUCUCCACUGACAGGAGGGAUUUCUUUUUUGCGUCCAGUUUCAAAGGGAAAACAAAGAUUUUCGAACACAUAGUUGUUGACUUAAGUUUGUGAUCGGUGAAUUUAAAGGACACAGCGCGAGCUCUCGGGAGAGAACUGAGAAAACAUAUUUAAAAGGGAGCCAGGUUCAGAGGUCUGACGUUAACACUGCACUGGGGAAAUAGUUAGGCGUGUUCAAGCUUUUAGAACUCACAUUGUAAUCAGGGAUUGCAUUUACUGGCUAACUGCAUGCCAUGUUCAUCCUCCCACUUAAAAAGACAUAGGGAAGCCUGUAAUUCCUGAGAAAAGAGUACAGCAGUAAUUCUUACCAUCUAGGAAAGUAAUGUGAGAUUUUUUUUUUUUUAAUGAGGAAGGAGAAAAUCAGAUAAGAUAGGACAGCUCUUAUAAUGAAAUUUUUAAAAAGACCAAACAAACUAUGGGCCCUUCUCACCCCACUUUAGCUAUCUUUCUGGUAAGGACUCUUAAAGCCAAAGUCAGCUGAAAAGAUGUGCUGAUGGUAAGUUUAAAAAUCGGGUAACACUCAGCAUUGCUAUUUUGGGCCACCCUAAUUUCCCGACCGACCCUCCCCUCCUCCCCACCCCCCUUCCUAGCAGAACCUUGGCUUUUGCAUUGGCUCAUAUGAAUGCUUGUCAUGGGCGUGUCAACAAAAUAAUGUUUGAUGAAUUGCUUCCUCUGCUACAAAGAAAAUCUUCCGCUGACACCUGUCUAGGCCCAGCAUGGGCUGUGGGCCCAGGAGGGAGACAAAGGAGGUCUCCUCUUCUUAUGGCUCAGCGCUGACCCUCGUGGUGGCCUGAGCAACAAUGCCUGUUUGAUGCUCUCCAUGAUGUGUCGCUUCUCAGAGCCCACUCUGAGUGUGUGGGUCGCCAGCCGACGGGCCAAAGACCGAAUGGUGCUUUCUAUUCUGUCCUUUAGAGCAAUAGAACAGGUAUUGCCAUCUGAUGAGAAUUUCCGAACUAAGAUUUUGUAGAGUCAAGGAGGACUUCACACACGUCUCCAUGUACUUUGAAACCUAGAGAUGGCCCUUGGAAUGAUGCAUGCCUUUGCCUCCUGGGCAACUUAAUAUUUCAAGUAAUUGAAUAGCAACCUACCUACCUGCCCACCUGCCUACCUCCCUGCUCAUGUAACCGUCUGCUUUGUUGAUUUGCUGAUAUUGCUGCUGCCAGCACAGCCCUUCCAAAGGUGCUGUAGCAGCAAAUUGUAGAAGCUGGGGUACUCAGGACAACACACUCCUCCCUCUCUCUGUCCUUUGCUCCCUUGGGGACAUGUGCUGACAGGGGGCUCAUCCUCUACACAGAAAUGGGGGAGGGGGCGGGCGGGGAGGACCCACUGAACAAUAGGGACCAGCUUAGGAGCCAGACAUGUAGAAUCCCAUAGACCGGGUCUGCGCUCAGGGGCCCAGGUGGCUGGUUUCAAAAUGGGUCUCUCUGGUGUGGACCAUCGGGAAGCUCAUGGGGACAGGGAUCUGGUUUUGUGGAGGGUCCAGGGGAUGUUCUGCCUGGUUAGCUGGUUCUCUUCAGAGAAUAGGAAGUGAAUGGUUUCAGGAGUGGCUCUCAAAGAGUAACCCCACAACUUGUAGCCAUGAACGUAGCAUCAUCGUUGUACUGUAUUACUUUUUUAAUGAUUUGUGUUUGCCAAGUCAUGAGUAGGUGGGUGUUUUGCCACAAAUAUGAAUGUAUGUGUUGUUUCCAGACUGUAAGCAAUGCGGAUCGAGGCAAUAAAUAGCACUUAGAGAACAAUGCGCUGGUGUCACAGCAGCUCCUUGGGCACAUUCUGGGACUCAGGGCUGAGGGCUCCCAGCCUCGGACACCAGGGACUGCCGUGAACUAGCUCAUCCACACAUGGUGGCGGUGGGACGUUCCUACGAAGCCCCGAGGGAACCGGAGAAGAGUGGCGUGUUUUCAUUUUUUUAAGCACCAAUGACUCUUGCUCCCGUGCUCUUCCCCCUUCCUGGUUGUUUGCAUUGACUGCAAAUGCCCAGAUCCCUGCAUCAGAGGCUGGACGUGGGGAGCUCAGCUAUUCCUCGGGCUGUCACGAUGGUCAGACUAUUCUUCUGGCACAUGGAACCCUUCCGACAAGGCGGGGUGGGAAAACGGGCCCUUGGCAAGUAGUCAAGUAGGAGACGUUUACACAGCCCAGCGCUGUGCCAGAUCGAAAUGAUGUUCCUGAUUCAGACGUUUGUAGAGAAGGCAACUGCGCCAACAUCAUGGCGUUGUCUCUACGGAGCGGUGUACCAGUUUCCCAGCUGCAGCGCUGAGGAUGAAGCUAGGGGCUAACCACGUGCAGUCACCACCCUGGUAACUGUUGCCCAGAAUCUGGAAAACCAGGGAGCACAGGGUGCCGGGCUGGGUGUCGGGGGACUUGCUGAGUCCGGGUGA